AUGCCCCCGUUCCAGUGGUGCCACGGGUGUUACUGCAGCCCAGGGCUGAUUUAUCCCAGUAAACCCUGCACGAUGCCGCCCAUCACCUUCCAGGACCUGCCCCUCAACAUCCACAUGGUCAUUUUCGGCACUGGCAUCUUCAUCUUCGUGCUCAGCCUCAUCUUCUGCUGCUACUUCAUCAGCAAGCUGCGGCACCAGGCGCAGAGCGAACGCUUCGGCUACAAGGAGGUUGUUUUGAAAGGCGAUGGCCGCAGGCUGAACGUGAAUGGGCAGACCUGCGCCGUCUGCCUGGAGGAUUUCGGGCUGAAGGAGGAGCUGGGGGUGCUGCCGUGCCAGCACACCUUCCACAGAAAGUGCCUGCUCAAGUGGCUGGAGGUUCGCUGCGUGUGCCCCAUGUGCAAUAAACCCAUGGCGGGGUCGGGCCAGCCCCGCGCCGGCAUCGGGACCCUCCUGGACGAGCUGGUGUGA